CCACCUGUACGGAGCAAGGUACAGUAGGCUACGAACCAUCACACUUUGGAUUUACAACUGGAAACAGACCAUGAUGACAAUGGACCCGUUGAAAUCGGCCAUGUCCAUCGGGAAUGUGGAGGAGACAUCUCUUGCUUUGCCAUCCGAUAACAAACUUCGGUCCAAACAGCAGCGGGUCUUGGAUCAGGUGCAAACCAUCAAGAGGGGCAAGUCGAAGUACAGUAAAAAUGGAACUUUAUCGUCGCCAACGAAAUCACCAACGAGUCCUAUGUACAUCAGCGUAUUCACUGACUCCAUUAAGUCACCUACCAGUCCCAAUGCCUUCUCGAAUGGUACAAAUGGCCUCUCAAAAAUGCUCAGCCACGAGCAGAGCACCAAGCAAAGGGUACUGUCCUUCAAGGGAUCUACAGCCCAGAGAAACAUGAGCAGCUCCAGCCAGUGGGAGAGACGAUUACCUCUCAGCCCCACCGUAGCCAGGGGUCAGCGCAACAGCAGCCGCAGUGUGCCUGACCUGGACCCCUUCCACACCACUACACAGCGUCCUGCCCUGGCUCCGGCCCCCACCCGGCAGCUCCAAUCCAACAGGUCCAGCUUCUUCCUUACUGAGAGGGGCAACAGCCAGUUCAUCUCCAACUGCAACGGCCCCUCUCAGGUCAUCGGCAACGGCAACGGGGUGCAGAAAAGGCAGAGCCAGUGGAUUGGUACGCCUCAGACGAAAAGCAGCAGCCAAGCUCGUAUUGAGAGGGCACCCUGGAACCCCUCCAUGGCUGAGCCCAAGAUAUCAGUGGUCGAGAGCAAGAUUGAAGCAGGGAUGAAUGAUAAUGGUCAGCUCGCUGAUAUUACCAUGGCGGAGGCAGUGCAGUACCUGUCCAGUGGAGAUGAGAACUACCAGCACUGUGGCGCCUCAUUCAUCCAACACUCUACCUACUCAGAGGACAAGGCCAAGCAGGAGGUGUUGCGGCUCAAAGGGAUCCCUCCUCUGGUGAACCUGCUGAGGAGUCCCAGUAACCAGGUCCAACAGACAGCCUCUGCCGCCCUGCGGAACCUGGCCUUUAAAGACGCGGGCAACAAGGAGGAGGUCCAGCGCUGUGGGGGCAUCACUGAGGCCUUGGCCCUGCUCCGAGACACAGACUCUACCGAGACACAGAAACAACUCACAGGCCUUCUUUGGAACCUGUCGUCUGCAGACAGUCUGAAGCCAGAGCUGGUGCGUAGCGCUCUGCCUGUUCUGACUGAGACUGUGGUAGUACCUUACACAGGAGGAGCAGAUGAGACCAACAACAACGUGGACCCGGAGGUCUUCUACCAUGCUACAGCAUGUCUACGAAAUCUGAGCUGUGCAAAGCAAAGCAACAGGCAGGCCAUGCGUAACUGUCAAGGCCUCAUCGACUCUCUGGGCAGUUACGUCCAGGAUUGUGUGGCUGCAGAGAGGCCAGAUGACAAGUCUGUGGAGAACUGUGUCUGUGUCCUGCACAACCUGAGCUUCCAGCUGGAGAGUGAGAACCCGGCCCUGUUCAGCCGGAUCACUGCCCUGGCCGGGACCACCAGCAGGGCCAACGCCCCCACUGAGACCGGCCCCAUUGGCUGCUUCAGCCCACAGAGCAGCAAGGUCCAGGAGCAGGAGAGUCACUUUGACUACCCUGUGUUGGAGCAGCAAUACCCUACAGGAGCAGGCUGGCUCUUCCACUCCAAGACCAUGCAGAGUUACCUGUCUCUGCUGGGGUCCAGCCAGAGAGAAGACACCCUGGAGGCCUGCUGUGGAGCCCUGCAGAACCUCACCGCUAACCAAGGCAUUGUUUCUAGUGUGAUGAGCCAGAGCAUAGUACAGAAGCUGAACGGCCUGCCUCACAUCUCUCCCCUGCUGCAGUCCUCCAACUCCAGCCUCCAGAAGACUGCUGUGGCUCUGGUGGGAAAUCUGGCCAAGAACCAACGCCUUCAGAGCAUCAUGGCCCGACAGACCCUCCCAGAGCUGGUUGGCAUCGUCAGCUCAUGGACCAAGGAAGGGACAGAGUCUGACGACACCCUGGCCAUGGUGUGCCAAACCAGCCACAGCCUUCUGAUGAAGGAGCCUGAGCUGGGGAAACGCCUACUGAGCAACAACCUGGUCAACUCACUCAACGACCUGAGCAAGAACAAUAGGCUUUUCCCAAAGGCCAGCAAAGCUGCAGGUGUGCUCCUCUACAGCCUCUGGUCAGAGAAGGACAUACAGAGUUUCCUAAAAAAGCAAGGGAUGAAUAAGGGUUCCUUUGUGAAUGACAUCACCAGCGUGGCUCACAGGUCUGUGCAGGUCAUUGAGUAACAAGAAGACAGCUGGCAUGGAUCUCACAUCACCUCCUCCCAAUGUACUUAUGAACUAUACACCUACUACAGUACAUGUAAGUCGCUCUGGAUAAGAGCAUCUGCUAAAUGACUUAAAUGUAAAUUUAAAAAUGUCAGACUAAGUCCAGUUAAUAUGGUUACUAAUGUUUACUUUAGAUUUCAAAACACCUUAUAGUUAGUCAGAUUGUCUAUCUGUUAUGUUAAGUUGUGUUAUCCAUCUUAAGUCAGUAUAAAGGUUUGUAAUCUUGUAUUUCUGGGGGUUUUCUGGGCUCUUUUGUGUUUACUAUAAAUAAUUUGUUUUUCUUUUGCACUGUAGACAUGUAGAUUUUGUGUUGGUAAUGCCUGGGAUUGCUUGAAUAGGCCCCCUUAGCUUGGAUGAAAAUGAUGGUUGAUUACCCAAAAGCUACUGAAGGCUACUGAAAUGAUCAGAUGUUGUAACUCAUUUCCUUAGAUUUAUUUAGCCAGAAUAGUCCACUCAGUAACAAUUGCCACUUUUUCCAGGGAUUCCUGGGUUCCAUAGAAUCAAUUAAAACAUACACAAAGCUCAUCACAAAACUUAAAUAUUGUGAUUGUCACCAAUGUUUAACCUUGGGUAACUACUGUGUUCUUCUGUAUAGUACUGCCAUACUGUAAGCAUGUUUGCUACAUUUAUGCUUUUGUCCAUGCCUGUAUGUUUUAGAUCUCCCAAUAUAUAUUGUUAUUUUUUAAUUGUUGUCCAUAAAAUACUGUAAAAACACCAGCAAAUCAGCUCCAAGUGAUUUUAAUUUUGGAAAUCUGUUCCAAAGUCUUUCCAUGAAUAAUAGAGAGACAUAUAGUAUGUGAUUGUAUACAAAUGUAAACAAGGUAUGAAAUUAUUAUGUUUUAGUGAUAUAUUAUAUCUGUUUGGUCUUCUUGCGGUCAAUUUGCAGUUUACAAAUUAUUCGUAAUUACGUUCCGGCCCCCUGAUCAUCCGCUCAAUGAAAAAUCGCCCCACGGCUGAAUUUAGGUGAUGAUCCCUGGGUUAGAUCAUUUUUGGUCACAACAUUUUAGUCACCGCUGUGCAUUUAAAUUCAGAGGAGGUAUUGUAUGUAUCGCCAAAGAUAAUUGCUGUUAUUCUGUUUGUACUAUCUCAUUGGAUAAUGGAUAAAGAAUAUUUUCAAAACA